AUGGGCGACGUCGCUGAGCUUAAGAAAAAGUGUGAGAGCUUAAAAGAAACGAUUGAGAAGACGCGCCAAGCCAAGAGCGAUGGCGGAUUUCAAAACAUUAAUGCUAGUGCUGGUGCUAAGGCGAUUCCAGGUCCUCCGAAAUGUCGACGGUUACUUAAGGGUCACUUUGGCAAGAUCUAUGCUAUGCAAUGGGGAGGUGAUAGCUCUAGCCUCGUGUCUGCAUCACAAGACGGUAAACUUAUUGUCUGGAAUGCACAAACGACGAAUAAGAUUCAGGCUAUCCCAUUGCGUUCCAGUUGGGUCAUGACCUGCGCCUUUGAGCAGAAACAGCGCAACAUGGUGGCGUGUGGUGGACUUGACAACCUUUGCAGUAUAUUUCACCUAUCACAAGCUCAAGUUAUGCGCGCAACAAAGGAACUUGCUGCACAUGAUGGCUACCUUAGCUGCUGCAGGUUUAUUGACGAAGCCAAUAUCGUUACUAGCUCGGGGGACUCGAAUUGUAUCCUUUGGGAUGUCGAGAGCGGAGAAGUAAAAACUACAUUUCGUGAACAUUCGGGUGACGUCAUGUCUGUGAGCAUUAAUCCACACAAUCCGAGCAUGUUUAUUUCUGGUUCUUGUGAUUCGACUUCGAAAGUUUGGGAUAUUAGAACGGGGAAGACAACGCACACUUUUCAGGGUCAUGAGUCUGAUAUUAACUCGGUUGACUUUUUUCCUAGUGGAAAUGCUUUGGGCACUGGAUCUGACGACUCAAGUUGCCGACUUUUUGACCUUCGAGCUUAUGGAGAACUCAACAACUUUAGCAAUGACAAAAUUUUAUGUGGUAUCACUUCCGCACUACGGGUCAGGCACUGUGCACAGGCAGCUGGGACACACUACUCAAGAUUUGGGCUUGAGUCAAGAGUUUGGCAUCAUGAAUCACAUGCCUUACAUGACAUUGACGGCUGA